CAAGUGGCCCCCUGAUGACGACUGGCCGUGGAUUCCCUUCUACUAUUACAACGUGGCAUGGGAGAGAACAGAAGCAGUUUUAAAAAUAAUCUAUUUUGACGUACAGGUAGGAGAGGAGAACCCUAACAGGGUGGAAUGUGUGGCCAAGGGACAAACCUACCCUGUUGAAGUGAUAGUUACAGCCUGCCCCAUCGGGCGAUUCGGACGGAUCUGUAUGGAGCGCUGUCAGUGUUACAACGGGGCUUCGUGUCACAGCUUCAACGGCGCGUGCAAGUGCGCCCCUGGCUGGAUUGGAAGGCACUGCACCAUUGAAAAUCCAGAAGUGCGCAUCAGUCCUUCAAGCAGUGAACUGACAGACUUGCGGUACGGACAGGAACUGCAGCUGACAUGCACGGGCUACAACUUUCCUCUCGCAAACAUCACAUGGUUCUUCGAGAAUGACGUUUCUAAGACUGAAAAACCGCCGGAAGUCAAGGACAAGAACUCUACACAUCUAAAUAUCAGCUCCCUGCUGCCUCAGUAUGAGGGUCACGUGACUUGUGAGGCCGUCAGUACCAGCGGAGAGAAGUACAAUGACGCGGUCGACAUACGGAUAGCAGGUUGCCGGGAUAACCUGUACGGUGAGCGGUGUGACCAGACCUGUGACUGUACCGGCCCGGCCACGUGUAACCGGACCCUCGGCUGUGUCUGUCCCGAGGGCGUGUCCGGCGACGACGCCGACACCCAGUUUACUCUACUGGUCGUCAGUUUAACAUCAUCAGGCGUGGUGAUGCUCCUCGUCAUUGUCAUUAUCCUGCUCCACAGGCAAAACAACAGGCUUUGUGUGGGACCCAUUGACGACCCAGAAAUCUUCAAACUUGGCCAGAAGAUGCAGGCCGUGAUGCCACGGGAGCGAGGCCCCUCGUCGAGCAGUAUCGACAUGGAUAUGUUGAAGGAGAGGGAGAUAGACAGAGGAAGGCUGCAGAUCGGACAACUCCUGGGAGAGGGCGCUUUUGGGCAUGUAGUCAAGGCAACGCUGGAACAACCUGAAGAAGGCAAUGUCGUGGUAGCUGUCAAGAAACUGAAAGGGCCACUGCAACUGGUGCUGGAAUAUGCGGAACACGGGAGUCUCCUUCACCUGCUGUGGACGUUACGUGCGGAGUCCAAACUCAACAGGACCGUUCUGGUCAACAAACGACACAUCUUCGAGAACAUGAUGGUGGGAGUCUGCUGCGGACUGGAGCACCUGGCGAGCCAAAGGCUGGUUCACCGAGACAUCGCCGCCAGAAACAUCCUGAUCUGUGGGAAGGGAACCGCCAAGAUUGCUGACUUCGGGCUGGCUCGAGACACGUACGCUGUUGGGUACCAUCGGCAGGACAGGGGUAACGAACUCCUGCCUCUGAAGUGGAUGGCACCGGAGGGCCUGAAGAACGAGGCUAUGUUCACCCACAAGAGUGACGUGUGGUCUUUUGGGGUUCUGCUGUGGGAAGUGGCGCAGCUGGGGCGCACGCCGUACCCUGGGAUGGACGGCGCGGACAGAAUAUACGAUGCUCUGCGUAACCACUUCAGACUCCCGAGGCCACAGCUGUGUACAGAGGAAAGAUACCAGCUCAUGCUGAAAUGUUGGAAGUUUAACGAGAAGAGAAGGCCGGACGCUACAACAGUUAGAAAACAACUGGAGGCACAUCCCAAUGUAAGGCUUCUUCUACUUCAAUGUUCCAACGGCAUCGAUCGAGGCGGCGGCACCAGUCACUCCGGUGUGAGACCACAUAGAACGUCGGUAGGAGAUCAGGGUGACGACCGUCUGCUGUGGAUCUUCACAGGAACUGACUUGAUCAAGAGUUAA